GAAACGACUUUGAGGACACGUCUAAGAGAAGGAAACUUUGGAGUUUGAUUGUCCAGAAUACAUCGACUUGGUUACAAACUUUACCUGAUAAAGUACAAUCUGAUUUCAAGAAAGGGAAAGGUGAAUAUCAAUUUCAGUUCAAAGGACGAAAAUCGAUCCGUCUGAGCCAAGUUGGGGAAAAGAUGAUCAAAUAUGAAAACAUAACUCUCAAACAAAGAGAUCACUACAAAAAUCAUAUUCUUAUUUUGCCUGGAAGUACUGCUCCAGUCCAAGACCAUGUGUAUAGAAUAUAUGAUGGAAAUUACCAUUUGGAAGCUUCAAUAAAGGAUAUCACAAACAAAAUGUUUUGUAUUGACGAUACAUUGACAUGUAUCAAACCUUUGAGUUUUGACCCCACUCCCUCAGAAGAAGGUGAACACCAAGAGAAGGAUCUUGGUCUAACUUAUUAUGGUGAAAUGAAGGAAAAGUAUGGAAUAUCAACACAUGUUUCUAAAACAACUGCUAAUACAAAAGCCCAGGAUGGAGUGUCAUUUCAGAGACCAAGGCCAUUUAAACUGGACAGUCUUUGCACAGUAUAUUUCAAGGAUUAUGUUAUGGAUGUGACAGAAAGUGGAAGUGGAAUGAUAACACCGUCCUUAGAAUUCAAAUACUUUCGAUCAAGUCUUGAUACUGGUAACGAAAACAGUCCAAUAGAAAAAUUUCUCACAGAGACUUUGCGUUUUGCCUGUGGUUGCCUUAACAGACGUCGAAAUGGAACCAUCUAUUUUGGAAUUGCUGAUGAGAAACCUGUUGGUGGAAUUACACGCAGGCAUGGUCAGAUAGUGGGGUUCCCCAUCAUAGAAGUUGACAUUGACAGUAAAAUAAAGUACGCAGAUGAACUGAAUGAGGCCAAAUCAAAAUGUUUUGACUCACCAUUAGCAAACAGCGCUGCAAAGGAAUGUAUCAAAGCACCCGUUUUUGUGAAGGUUGCCCCUUCACCAGACCAGGUUCCAUUGUUUGUUAUGGAGGUUGACAUAGAGCCUGAUUCACGUUUUUGCGAAGGCAUAAUUUUCAAACUGGAUUUAUCGAAAAUAUGUGGGAAGAAACAGAGACCAUUCCUGUUUGUUCGUGAUGGACCCGAAACAAAAAAGAUUGGUACUGAUGCAGAAGAACUACACUUUGUAGACAAAUUGAAGGAAUGGGACAAUAAGCGCAAAUUUGAAGAAGAACGGUCAGUUGAUAGACAUUGGUCCGAUCAAAAUGAUCACAAAUAUUUGGCUGAAAAACUCUGUCGUAAAUUAUGCAAAACUAGCAACCAAAUUGAUUCUUCACUCUGGCCAAUUCUAAUUUCUAGCAAGCCACCAGAUGCAUUAAAGUCAUCACUGUUUACUUCUCUUAGUUUCAUCUCAAGCAUUCCUUGGUGUGCAGUUUUUGAUUUUGAUGAGGAAUCGUUUAGAAAUGGGAUGUGCAAGCAUUUUUUCAACAGUACACAAACAACUCUAACAAACGGAGACAUAUUCCGAGAUGUUGAGAACAACAACAUUUUGAGAGAACGAUUAAAACUCCCAGAAAACAAUGUGCUGAUAUUUUGCAAUGGGCGAUCUGAAUUUCGAAUGCCUCACCUCACAAAACAUGAGUGGAAAAAAGAAUACUCCCCAAACGUUAAAGGAGCAAUAAACUUUUUUCAGCAAAAAUCAGUUAUUCCACCUGGAAGAACUAUUGCGGUGUUUUUACUCUUUGCAACGGAUUUUCAUGGUUUCUUGGAUAUCUUUGGAGAGAUGACAACAUUCUUUGGAAGUGAAAACAUUGUACUUAUUUGUGAAGAAAUAGGCGUAUUUCAAGAAUUUCAACGCAUGGCUUUAGUUCAAGAAAUUGUCGAGAAAGAAGACAUUGAACGGAAUUGUGUUGUUGGCAUGACGUGGGAGCAGACCAGUACUUCUAUCAACAAUCUAAUAGGUGUUGACAAACAAACUGUAACAUCUAUACCAACCAGCAGUGGAGCACCUGUAACAGCUGAACUAAAAUUUCUAGAAAGCAUCGACAGUUUACAACUUUUGAGUUACUCACAAUGCGAGGACAAAACAUUUGAAAAACUAUCUGAUAGACAAACAUUUAGUAGAAUGAAGGAAUUGAAGUUUUAUCAAGGUAACAGGGUUGAGUGGUGGAAUUUCUUUUUUGACGGACAUGUCAUGGAAAGACAUUGCUUUCGUAGACUGAAAUCUAAAGUUUUUGAUGCCCUCAGUGGAGAAAAAGCAGACAAAAUAUCAAGAAUUGUGCCUAUAUUUCUUCAUCAUGAACCGGGUGCAGGCGGUUCAACUUUAGUAAGGCAUGUCCUUUGGGAGUUUCACAAGGAGUUCAGAUGUGCAAUCAUCACAAAACUGGAGGAAAAGACUGCUUUAGACAUACUUUCAUUGUGGCGUUAUAAAGAAAAGGACAUCAAAUACGCCAGACCUCUGUUGCUACUUAUUGACUCAAUAGUGGAGCAAAAGUUAGAGUUGCAUGACAUCCAUCACCUCGUGACAAAAGAAUCUUGGAAAGUUGAUAGCCACAUGAGAUCCCCUAUAUGUGUUUUCCUCGUUUGCAAAAGAGAUGAAACCCUAAAUAUGCCUCAGCGAACUCUACGACAAGAGGUAUCUGAGAAUGAAUACCUGCUGCAGAAGGUAGAAGACGGUGAAAAAGACUGGUUGACCAUGAAGAUACAGCAACUAGAAGACACAAGCAGGGAUUUGGGUCUCACACAUUUCAAAGGAGAAUAUUUUAUUUCCUUCAUGAUUCUACAUUCAGACUUUAAACAGGAUUUUCUCAGAGAUACAAUUCGCAGUUUGAUGAGCCGAAUGGAGUUUGAGGACAAGUCAUUCAAGCUGCUGGCUUAUGUUGCCCUUAUCAUAUCAUUUGUAAGUCCCCCAAAUGGGGGUGCAGCCAUAGCGAUUCCUGUUGAAUGUUGUAGUGAACAUAUGGGAUUUAACUCCAGGAUGAACAACCAGUCCAGAAAUCUUUCCCUUUGGGAAAACCAUCUUGAAGGCCCUUUAAAAAUAUUAUUGAUAAUUGAAGCAAAAGAAAAUGGCAGCGGAAAACAGAUACGAAUGGCUCAUCAAAAUCUGGCAAAAGCUGUGAUAGAAUGCAUUCAAUCUAAAUAUUUUAAGAAUGAUCUAGCCAGUAUUGCUACUGCUUUCCUUGACUCAGAUCUACUCAAAACUUCUUCCUUUGCCAAAAAAUAUUUACAUCGGCUAUGUGUUGAAAUGCUCAUACGACGAAAAAAGGAAGAAUAUGAAGAUGGUGAAAAUACAAAGUUCAGUCCACUUAUUGAAAGCAUUAUUAGUGAAACUAAACUGUAUUCAAAGGGUGCAAACGUUUUAGUUAAAGGAUUUGAGCUGAUGCAAGAUGGUUUCAUUGCUCAUCAACUGGCACGUUUACAUCUUCAUCACAAAGAAUACAUUUUGGCCAAAGAGUGGGCACAAAAGGCAGUGGCACUGGAUCCAAAGAGAUCCACCUUCUUACACACGUUUGGAUGUGUCUACAAACAUCACUUUCUGAAUCUGAAGUUGUGGGAAUCAACAGAUAAGAGAAAACCAGACGAUCCCAGUACGACAGAUGCAUUAGAUAUGGCACUAGGUGCAUUAGGCCAUUUCCAAAACGCAAGCACGUGUGACAAAUAUGAGAAGAACCUCUUGGCAUAUUUCGAUACUCUUUCAACAGUCAAUUGCAUUGCUAGAUUUCUCUGUGAAAUUGUUAACAUUGGCACACCUGAUGUUGUUCACAGAUAUUUGACUGAAGACAGUUACUCUCCAGAAUCUACUGCAUCCUGGGAAAACUACCAUUCAAGACUUAAGGCUUUGUAUGACACAGCCAUGGGUGCAGUCGGUGUGUUAGAUGAACAUAUUUACUACAGUCAAUGUUCUUAUGUAUCUAAAUAUAGCCAUCAACAAAAUGAAGAACACAGAAAUUCGAGGAUUAUUAAGAAACGUCUUCCUGACUCCUUUCAGGAUUUUGUAAAGUUCUUUUGCCAAAGAGAAAACACAAAUGAUCCACCAUCCUAUAUCAGAUCGGAUGUACUCAUGGACGGAUGGCAUAGAAGGUGUGUUGUGGCUCUGCAUGGAAAGAGGCUGGUAGAUGUCUUCAAAAUUGCCUUCCCUAAAACUGAACAGAUACACGAGAGUGUGCACUACAAGGGGAACGCUAAGAAAAAUAGGAAAGGAGAAAAGCCUGUUCCCUCUGAUAGCCUAUGGAGGAUUCAAACACAUUUAAAGAGCAUAAAAGAUAAAAGUGCGGAAGACUGUUUGACUCUUAUAGCUGUUAACCUUGCUCUGGCUGAACUAAAAGCUGCAAAGCAAACAAGUGUUUCAGAACUGUAUGGGUAUUGUCUUCAGAUAAUACGCACAGAAAGAAGAGGAAUCGCGUUAAGCAUGGCCUAUCUUUAUAUUGUGAUGUUUCUGUGGCCACAGGUGAAACAAGUAGUAGCAUAUGAUCACACACUGAUGAAGGAGGCUAUGAAGUUCUUGUUUGAUGAAUUCAGAGCAACCAAACAGCGAAAACCAAGAGGUGAAAAUGAGUUAUUCAAACGAGAAAACAAUAUUUUUCAGAGCAUUGCUCUAUUCUAUUUAGCUAAAGGUAGAGGUCUGUCAUCAUUUUCCUAUCACCUCUCGCCCCUGUUCCUUAAAAGGAAACAACAAGAAGAAAUGUGGGAAAGCUACCAAGUUAGAGAAAAGCUACAGUUAGUACGAGGCUACACAAGACUAAAACCAAACAGUGGCACAAUAAGUGUUAUCGUGGACUUGAAAGACUUUGACAUAGAUGAAGAGCUAGAAUUACGAAAUUUCAAAUGCAGGCGACCGGAAAUGACUGAGAGACCGAUUUCAUUCUACCUGGGAUUUUCAUUGUCUGGCCCUGUCGUGUGUUACAUAUGCCCUGAAGAAACGUCUAUGGAUCAAUGGCAACUUGCUUCAGCCUAUGUCGAUUAUUCCGUAUUCCCAGAGGAAAAGCUUCGGCAGUUGCUGAAAGACAUAGAGAAAAUCAAGGCAAAAAGAAUCCGGCGCUCAGAGGAGACAGACCUCUUGAAGGACGAAGCAGCAAUCAAUGAAGCACUAUUUAGAUAUGAAUCGGAAGAAGCCAUCAUUGACUAAAACCUGUGACAUAUAAAACGCCUGGAUGAUAUGAAAAACAGGUUUUGUACUUAAUUCCAAGAGUGUGCAGUUUGGUGAGUGAGUGUCUUUAAUUCCUCCCUGAUAAAUAGGAGAUAUAAUGAGGUGAGGCUGGAAAAUGUUUGAGUUAAUGAGGUGAAAGGGAGAGUUUAUGUCUGAUGAUGUCCAAAAUGUCCAACCUUGAUCGCAAGUGACUUGUUGUCAAAGUGAAGUUCAUGUCCACCAAGGAGAGCUAGAGUUUGACUCUCAGGGUCCAUAGUGUCCAGUGUCACAUAUGUGUCAGGUCUAAAGACGCCAAGUACGGACUUCCACAUGAUCUCUCUGCUCAAGAGAACAGAUGUAGGGCCAGGUUGUCCAGAGUCACAGUGAGGACACCAGCUUGCAACUAUGGGUGUGGCAAUCAGGCGAAGCAAGCGGUAGUAUUCACUUCUGUGUUUUGGGUCGUACUUGCUGAGGACCCACAGAUAGUGGGGAGAGAAGUAGCUGUGUAGCUGCGAGAACACGUGCAGGUCAGGGUCGUCGUUAAGUCUAUGUCUCGGCGAGUUGGCUUCAAAUGUUAGCACUGCUUCCUUAGCGCGAUGUUUCCAGGAAUGUUUAGAAACUCUCAGACCGUUGUAUGCAGAGUUCAGAAGGUUAGAGAUAUCGUAAUGUCCACAGCCGCGCUGAUCUGUGUUGUUCAGGUGGCAGAUGGAGAAUCGAAAGAGGACAACAGCUUUAACUGUGCACGGACUUGGAUAAGUAACAUUUCGGCCAAAGAGGAUGAUCUAACUGAUUCAUUCUUGAGACCAAUGUGCGACAUGUCAUCAUUCAUUGUUAACGAAGAGACAAUGGAUGAAAACCAAAACUGUUGUAUUGUUAAAAUAUGUUAGUCAAUUAUGCAUAAUAUUUUGAAAACGACUUGAUAAUGAGUAAGUGAAAUUCGAAAAACUCGUCAGAACUACCGUUUGUGAGCGUUUAUUUUCGCAGUCAAAAAAUAUCAUGCACUAUGACAAUUAUUAUUGACAGUGACAUUUUGUAAUUUAACAAACAUUUGGUGUUUAUAGAUUAUCAAUUAAUAUGGGUUUAAACAAACAAGGGCAAUGUGUUUAUUGCAAGUAUAUUAUCAGUUGUUUUUUGUGUAUAUCAUAGAAUUAUAGUCAUCGACCUCACACAAAGUUAAUGCAUUCGGUGUCACUAUUCCUCUCAAAAUCAUUGAGAGAUGACAGUGUUUAGAGUACAUUUCGAAAGUGCUCAGUGUAAUCAUUAUUGAUAUUGUGUUUGCGAUAACAUCUAUAACAUCAUCAUUACUUCGUUAUGUAAUGUCUUUCUCUUAUUGAAAAUAUAAAUACUCUGAUUCCAUUAUUGUCAGAGCAUCUUGUCUUUAAGUGUCCAAUAUCAAGAACAUUUGUUUCUUAAAGAGCUUAAAGA